AUGUAGGCCGUCGCCAUAUACGCGGCGACAGUAAUCGUGGUGUGUCGUAUUAAAAGUCGUCGUUUUCGACGAGUAGGAGUACACUGCUCCUAAGAGGGCUUUUUUCAGUUUAUUUUCAGAAUAUUGUGUAUUGAGAAUUGAUUCUGUACCACCGGUAAUAGUUAUUUUCUAAUUUAUAGUAAUUAAUCAUGGCUUGCUGAAAAAAUGACGGGCCUGAAUAUUAUUGCUAUAUCUCCAUGCGGAGAACGUUUCUCCACUAGUGUUGCUGUAGAUGUUAGAGGAUUGUACAAUGGAAAAGAAAUCAUCAGGUCGUUCAGCUGGCCCUGGCAAGGCAAACGGCACUGAGCUGAAGAAGAAUCAAGAUGCUGUCAGCAGUAAACCAUUUGCCCGUGCUGUACGGCGACGGGAGCCAAAUGGAUCCAGUGGUACGAAAUUUGACCCAAAUAGAAAACCAGUUCCUCAAAAGAACAAAUCUUUUGAUAAAAGACCACGGCCCAGGGGACAGUAUUAUAACUGUGGAAAGGAGAAUACCAAGGUAGGAGAUGAGUGUGGCUCAGUUUCUGUGCCAGGAAGCAAGAAACAGAACUUAAACCAUCUGUUGAACUUCCAUUAUGCACCAAGAGAGGGUGUUAUGCCUGGUUUUGGCCACUGGCGAUCAUCCCCACCAGGAUUGGGGCGCCAUAAUCCUGCUCGGUGGUUAACAUAUACCCACAAACACAAAUACAACAAGGAGCAGUUCUUGCAAGCAAAUUGCCAGUUUGUGGUGAAGGCUGGUGGUAAUUACACACCAUACGCUUCAAAUCCUGAUGCUUUGGUUGACUGGGACUUCAUUGAACAGAUUCGUUUGCAGAGUUCUGAAAUGCCGUCAUGUCCGAUCUGCCUGUAUCCACCAGUUGCUGCAAAGAUGACACGCUGCGGCCACGUGUACUGCUGGCCUUGUAUCCUACACUACUUGGCUCUGUCUGAUAAAACAUGGCGAAAAUGUCCUAUCUGUUAUGAGGCAGUUCAUAAACAUGACCUCAGAAGUGUGAUUGCAAUACCCCACAUACAGCUUUCAGCUGGGGAGGAAGUCACCAUGCGUUUGAUGAAGCGGGAGCGAGGUUCACUUGUCGCCCUGCCUGUGGAGCAGUGUGGUAUCCGUCCCAUUGACCAGCUCUUGUCUGUGUCAGAAACUGUUGUGGAUACAGUUCACUCCAAACUUCUCCUGGCUACACCACAAGAGGUGAUGUCCAUUGUGGAUUAUGAGAGAAGUGAACUCCAGAAACAGUUGUCUGAGGAAGAAGACUGCCCUGAAACAUGUUUUAUUGAGCAAGCAAUUGACCUGCUUCGUGAAAGACAUGCAGCCCUCUCUAGUGAAGUAGCAACUUCACAGGCUCGGUGUGAACAGCCAGAAUUGAAUGUUGAGAUGAUUUCAGCAGAAAGCAAACCAGCCAUAGUUUAUCUUUCAGCAUUUGAUAAUGAGUACUUUGCAUUGGAUAAUUCUCCUGACCUGGCAUCAUUGCCUUCAGACGUGCACCAAUCAGUAGUGCCACAGGAACAGAAUGAAGAAGGUUGUAGUGAGUCAGGCUUAAAAUUGUCUUCUGAAAAUAGGGAUAGACACCGCUAUGAGAGUGUGAGCAGUGAGGGGAUGGGAAGUGAAGACAUUAACACAGCCAUUACUGUGGAAGACUUGGAAGUUCCCAUCAUACUUCAGACGAAUACCAGUCAAUCAGAAAUACCGCCACUCAAACAUUUCUACUUCUAUCAAGCAGCGGAUGGCCAGCACAUAUAUCUGCAUGCUUUGAAUGUACGCAUGUUAGAGCAUUGCUAUGGUUCCCUGGAGCAUUGUCCUCCAACUUUAACAGGCCGCAUUGUUGAAAAGGAAUCUGGCUCCAUGACAGAAGAAUUGCGGCAUAGGUUACGCUAUCUCCAGCAUCUUCCAAUAACUUGCCAGUUUGAGGUUGCUGAAAUACAUCUGAAACCUCCAGUUGUAUCAAAAGAAACUUUGGACUUUUUCCAAGACCAACUUGAAGCGCGAAAACAACAGCGUCAGCGUCGUGCUCGAGAUGAAAGGCGCAGAGAAAAGAAAAUUAUUGAGGAAGAAAACCGGCGUUGGGGUCGUUAUCCUGCACCUCAUAUACGCAUUGAAUCACGUCACCAAUUCCCACAGUGUGGCGCUGAUUGUGAUUCUGUUGUAACGAGCCACUCUCUCUCCCCUGUUCAGUCAAGCAUAGCAAGCAGCCCCACUCCUUCUCAGGACAGCAUUUCAUCUAUGACAGUGGCAGCUGAGAACCCAAACCUGGAGCCGCAAAUGAACAGAGAAGAAAGUUGUGUCCUUCCAACAACUGGAUCAUCUGAACUACCAGGGGUGUCAUUUGCGCAGAUGCUGCGAGAGGGUAAGAGUAAAAGCUGUGUAGAGUUGCCAGCUGCUGUGCCAAAAACAAGUAAGAACAAACCAGCUGCAGGAAGAUGCCACAACUCUGACAGUGAACCAGAAAUAGAGGGUUAUGUUCCUGCCCCCACAUUUAGCCAGAGCUUCAGUGAUGCCAUUGCUCUUGCACUAGAGAAAGCAGUUGCUAACAAAGAAACACCCAAAGGCGAAAAUGGCUCAAGCUCGGGCAAGAAAAAGAAGAAACAGAAACAGAAGGUGUUGUUCACAACCAGCAUGGCAUGUUCGGGUAAAUGAUCUUCCACAUAAGACUUCUUAUGAAUAUCUUCAUUAUGGUCAGUUUAUAUUUUCUGUUCUAUUGUAAUCUGCUCAAGUUUGUUUGAUUCUCCCAAGUUCAUUAAUUAUACUGAAGGAACAUCCAAGUUUAUAGCAUUAUGGUUUAUAUACAUAUUCAGUUUGCAUACUUAGGCAAGUUCCUUUUCCUGUUUACGUCUUUUGCUUCCAGUAUCAAUAUUCUGUAUUGAUUAUGCAAAAUCUUCUGUUUGAUUCAGGUAUAUUUUAAAGUCAAUAAAAAAAUCACUUAAACUACUCACAGACUAAAGGAAAAAUUACAAAAAAUGCUUUUAAAAAUGUAGAUUGAUAAUUUGUUGUUAAUUUCCAUCCAUCAAGUAGCAGUUCUGACAUGAUGAUCCUUAGGCAGCAGUUGCUACCACUAAGUUUGUUUCGUUUCAUCGCUGUGGAAUCAUGUAACCAAUGGUAUAAUUAACCUUUCACAGUUGCAAGAGUUGUAAAUCGUAUCUUUUAAAAUGCAUUGAAUCCCAGCAGAUAAACUGUUAAUCAUAACAUGGCUAAACUGCUUGUGAUGUCCAGAUAAAUAAAAAUAUGUAAAGCUAUAUGUUAGACAAGUUAUUGAAAACUAGUUUACCUUAAAAUAGCUCCAGUUUUUAAUGUUUUGGCAUUAUUAAUUAUCUUCUUCAGUUGAAUUAUGUGGAGUGCACAGAUGUGCAUGUUUUCUUUAGUACAGGAUACUGCUGAUGUGGCAUUAACCCAUUGGCAGAAUAUUUGCUUCACUUGGGACAAGGGUAAUAGUUAAAUGACCAGUAUAUAACAAAUGAUAGAAAUUCUGAAGCUUUGCCAGAAUUGUACUCAAGUGACAUUAGUUGUCAAAUAAGUAAACUGUUAUGACUUUCAUCUAGUGACAUUUCAUAGCCAUAGUGACUGAAUGUAACCUGACCAUGUGGCUGAACUCACCCAUCAUAGAAUGUCAGUUAACUGAACGAGUAACAUUGGAACACAUUCACAUUUUAAGCUAUAAUAUGUUAUGUUUACAUUUUCCAAAAGCUCUUGAUGUUGACUGGGUUUGAUAACUUGUUUACCAAAUUGCCAUGUAAACUAGAACAAAAGAUUGUGAUGAUGUAAUUCAUAUCUAAUGUUUCUCUUUUAUUAUCUGCAUGGUUGUUGUUGGCCUCCAGUUUGUUUCAUGUUAAAUCUUUGCUUGCUGGAAUAACCAGCAUCAGACUGUCAUAAGAACAUAGCAUUUGCAGGUGACACACCUGUCUUCACUGGAAAGCCUCGGAUCCAGUAAGCUAAGUUGUGGAAAAAUAACUUAAACGGCAGUAAACGUCACUGUGUAUACUGUGAGAUGAAGAUCAUCAAAGGAGUUGUAAACAUUAUUUAAUAAAUUAUGAAAUUUGAAA